AUGCCGACGCCGCGCGGGGUUUCGACGACCUUCUUCUCGACGAUCCAGAGUCCGCGCGUUCGGCGCUACUCGGAGCCAACCGCGCGGACGCGGCACCUUCUGGAGCCUGUCGUUGCCCUCGCCCGCAAGUCGUUUCCGUGGAUGAGUGCCACCGGCCGCCCGACGCCGCUUCCGUGGUCGCCCGAUGACGACGACAGCGAAGACCAAGACGAGGAAGAAGAGAAGGAAGAAGACAAUGUGUCCAUUUCCGGCGACCGGUCCAAGGACGUCGAUGCUUGGCGCCGGGUCGUGGACGUCGAGGCCGAGUGCCGGGUGACGUUAACCGCGUGCUUGUCGGCGCGAGCGUUCAAUGUGCGCCAGCACACGUUGCUUUCGACGCGCCUCGCCGACUACGCGACACUGCUCCAGCGCUACGAGCAAGCGGCGGCCGCGAAUGCGCAGUGGGCGACGAUCACCAAUAUGGUCCAGAAGGACCUGCCGCGCUGCUUGGACCAAGUGGCUUUCCACCUCCAGGCGAACGACGUCAAGGUGCACGCUCUCCAGCGCCAGCUAAUGCAACUCUCUCGCGAGCGCGAGAGCCUCGAAGAACGUCUUCUGCACCAUGCGUCGCGGGUGGCGACGGGCGUCCAAAGCGCCUAA